AUGGCUGCAAUGAUACAAGACCACGGAAAACUCGGCGGUUCUCACAUCCUUCCACCCAUAAACCGAGGGUCCAACACAAACCUCAUGCAGACACCACCAGGAUUCGCAAAUCCAUUAAACAGUUCAAUUCUCUCCACUCCUAUCAACUAUUUAGACAGCAACAGCCCAGCUGGCAUUGGUACUCCUGACAAUUUUGGAAGCAGCAAUAUACCUGAAGAAAAUUCUUCAUAUACAAGCAAUCUAACCAACUUGGAGGCUCAGCGAAUUAUGGCUGUAUUGCAUGAGCUCCAACGCAAAGUGUUUUUAAUUGGACUGCUGCCUGAUGUGACCGACCGUCGCGUUUCGACCGUCUUUGGCAGCGAGACAUUCAAUAUGAUCAAGGAGUAUAGACAAGUAGAGCAAAAGUAUAAAACUAUACUAGAGUCUAAAGAAUCUCUAGACAAAUCAGAUACAUACAUGAUUGAGCUUAGAGAGGCUACCAAGAUGGUGAGAUCAGCAGCUCGAUCAUUAACACGGCAUUUUCUACAAAACACAAGCACAUUAGCCAAACUACGGUAUCUUAAAUCUAGCAAAAGCCCAACCGUGGCACAGUUUGAGCACUUGCUGCAGGAAAUCAAAAUGCUUGUUUAUGGACGUCUCAAAACAACAGUCGAGGAAGAAAAGGCCAAGCAGGAUCAACUGGCAGUGAUCAUCGCCAAGGAAAAAAAGACAAGCAAUGAAGUUAGGUUUUUAAAAGAAGAGCUUGAAAAGGCAAAAAAAGAACGUAUGGGCGAAAUCAACAAACGCAACGAGGUGAUUCGCAAGUUAAAAGAUGAACUGCGUGAAAUCAAACAUCAGGCAGAGGAGGCUACAAAAAAGCUAGAAAUCAAAUCUAAACAAAAAGAAGAAGCCGAUAUCAGCGCAUUUACCGAAAAGGAAAAUGCGCUGCGGCAGGAGAUAGAAAGUGCCAAUCGUCAACUAGAAGACGAUACAGCUAGCAAUCGUGAAGAAGAAGCACUGCUACGGAAAAAGAAAUUCAAAAUUGAAUCCGAAGUUGAAAACUGGAUUCACAAGUAUGAUCAAGACAUGGAAGAAAAACAGGCCGAGAUUGAUGAUAUUACUGAGAAGGAGCAGGCAUUUAAGAAAGCUACUGAAGCUGCAACUAAGAUUCAGGCUGUAUUUCGCGGACAUUUGGUUCGCCGUGAGAUUGCUCGCAAAAAGAAUGAAAAGUCUGGAAAAAAGGACAAGAACAAGUCCAAGAAAAAUGAGGGAGCUGCUGCCUUUACUAGUUUGGUGAAACAGGCCAUGACAACAGUCGAAAGUGGCAUCGAUAAAGUCCUCGAUAUUCAACCAGAAUAUGGAAUUGGAGGAUCUAGCUCUAAAAAAUUAUCAGAACCCACAGCUUUUAGCGAUACUAAAACUCAAGCUGCAUCAAGCUCAAUUCCAUCUGUCAAUCCAAUGUGGCAAAAAAAGGAAGAGGCGAAGCGAGAACUAUCGCGAGCACCUGGAAAGCGCACCAAAACCCAAGACGAAUUAUUUAUAGAUAUGCUAGGUGGUUUAGUCUCCACUUCUAAAUCUGCAAUUGCAUCGACAUUUCAGUUGGAGAAAUCUACAUCUCAACCAGAAUCAUCGCCAACCUCCCGUGUAAAAGAACUCUUGCUACCAAAAUUAAAAUCUCCCAUCUCUCAAGAGCAACUCUCGCCUAAACCCAAAUCUCCAGCUUCUCAGGAAAGACACUUUUCACGAUCAAAACCAGAUUGGAGUCGUUUAAGUUCUACAAACUCAAAGUCUAAUGUACCUGCACCACUGUCAUUAAAUGGCGCGCCUUUUAAUGAGCACGAUAUGUCUGAACCUAUUGAAGCAAGUGGAUCUGGAUCUCCAUCAAGUCCCGCUUAUCCAACUCGUCGAGCAUCAAGUAGAAUUUUUGAAAAUUUUAACCAUUCCGCAAAUGAUCCUUACACACGACAACGAAGCAUGUCAGAUAACAUUGAUUUAAAUAUGCGAUCUUCAGUCAGUGCGGGUUCUUCCAAAUCUCCUAGUGGGAUGCUUUCAUUUGAAAGACCACAAUCUGCAUUGGCACGGUUUGAAAUUACACCUACUAUUAUCCAUGAUCUUCAAAUGGAACCUAUAACGAAUGGGAAAUCAUCGUUUCAAACUGUUUCUUGUUCUCAGCCUGAGUCUAAAUUCAGUGCAGAACCAGAGCAUUUUCAAGACAUGACGGAAAUGACAGACAUACCGGAUUCUUGGGAUAUCCCCUUGGACGAUCCCAUCAAAGUGUUGGAUCAAUCAGAAGUUUUGAAUCUAGCACCAACUACCGAAUCCAAACAAUUUGAAAUGGAUGACCAACACUUAUUUCCAGUAAUCCAACCCACAAUUGCUAAAACAGUUUCUGAGCCUACCGGAAUGCUUACCGCCGAUAGACAACAGGAAAUCAGUGCAGUAACUAGCAAUAGUAUAUCUCUUGAAGAAACUUUUUUGUCGAAUCAACAUGCACCAGAAAUUGACGUGGAGAAUACUGAUUUGGUGGAUCAACCCAACCCAAUUUUGGAGGAAUCUGUUUCAAAAUCGCCUGUGCUAUUCGAAUCGGCACAUACACCAUCAAAGAUUGAACCUGUAUCUGAUUACCAUGAUACUAUGGCAUCUACACAGGGGGAAAUCGAUGUCAAACCCAAUUUAAUUGAAACUAGCAUUUUGAAUACUGAGCUUGGUGAAACCCUUAGUACAUCGGCUUCUGAAACAUUCAAAAUUGUUGAUGCACUGUCAAAGAAACACGAAGCAGAGGUGGCUGAUAUAACGGCCCAGUAUUUGGCUGAAGUUAAAACUAUGCAGGACAAUGUGGAUGCUCUUAAAACACGCAUUCAAGAGCUUGAGAUUUAUAUUGUUGAGCUAAAAGCCGAACGAGAUCGUGGUGUCAGUAGUAUUCGCAAUAGCGUAACUGACAAUAGAGUCAAUGAGCUAACAAGAGCAUUGCGUGACAAGGAGGAGGCCAUUCAAGGCUUGCUAUCUGAAGGCGAGAAACUUUCCAAGGAUAUUUUAAAAGCUAAUACAAAAAUCAAGGGACUUCGUGCGGUCGAGUCGGAGCUUGGCAAAGAACUCAAGGAAACACAACGACGACUGGAAGUCUGUUUAGCUGAUCUGGCUCAAAUCAAAGAAAAGUUGUCCAAAACCAGUGACUCUGAAAAGAGUUUGGCGGCCAAAGUCAAAGAGCUUGAAAACUAUAAUGAUCAACACGCUCGACAUCGACAUAAACUUGAAAAAGAAUUGGCUUCUGUACGUGAAAAGAGCACGGAAUUGCAAAGCCUGUUUGAAAAUUGUAAAAAGGAGCUGGACGAGAUUCAGACAAAAGAUCAUGAUACUCAGAUUGCUGCACAAUCCGCAACGCUCGAGGCCGAGAUGAGGGAGAACAGUCAGUUGCGUUCCCAGCUUGAGGAGUCUCAGAAAAAAGCUGCCCAAGCUGAGGAUACAUUGCACAAGGAAAUUUUUGAACUACGAACCAGUCUAACUAGAGCACAAGACGAAUCUGGAUGGAAAGAAGAUAAUUUUCGCCAAGAGAUUGAAACUCUUCAUCGACAGCUUCAUGCAGCAGAAGCACGAAAUGAAGAUUUGGCUGCUAUGGGUCAAGAUUCUACUGAGCCACUUAUGCAGCAAAUACAAAUUCUGCAGACACAAUGUAGCCAAGGCCAAGAAAAACAAGAGCACAUUGAACGAUUGUUGACCCAAAAACUCCAUGAUGCUGAAAAGCAAUUGGGCGAGUCGAUGGAUAGAGAAGCAUUAUUGCGCGAUCGAACAUUGGAGCUAACCAAUCGAGUUGCACUUUUAGAAAAGCAAAAUGUGCAAGAAUUGCAAGAAAAGCAUUGUUUGCUGGCUGACCAAGCUGACAAUCGUUUAAAAACAGCAAAUCUUGAGGAACAGGUCAAGGAGCUACAGAUGCAGUCUGAUCUUUUAAAGGACCAAUUCCAAAAAAAUACAAAUCUAGUUAAAAAGGAGUUUGAGGAGAAACUUGCUGCCAAAUUACUUGAAGAGUCGGAAAAGUGGAAAAAGAAGCUACAGGUGGAGCAACAACAGUUACAAACAUCUUCAGUUGCUCGCCACGAGAAAAGCCAUAGUAUUAGCUCAGAUAUAAGUGCAAACCCUGUAUCUACCGAACGACAGCAUUUGGAUGGCAACCAUGUACUCUCUGCCAAUGGUGUUUCAUCUGCUACUUUAUUUCCACCUGGCACCCCAGCAGUAGUAAUUAUUGAACGAUUACAGUUGAUGAUCAAGCAAAGUGAAUCACAGAUUUCGUCACUGCAGUUGCAGUUGCGAAUGGCUACUCAAACACGCAAUGAAAUGUCUGACGAGUUUGUUCGAUUGACUGCUGAAAGCGAAGAAUUAAAAGCAAAGGCAGAUAAAGCUCAAGCCAUCGAGUCUGAGCUUACUGAGCUUCAAAAACGGUAUAACACUGCAUUGGAAAUACUUGGAGAAAAGACGGAACGUGCUGAAGAGUUGCAGGAAGACAUUAAAGAUAUGCGAUUGGCAUUCAAGGCACAAGUUGAGGAUCUUGUACGACAACUUGGCAGACAUGCCAUCAAGAAAUAGCAAUAAACUUGAAGUCUUGGAAUGAAUUG